AUGCAGGGCGCCUGGACUGCUCGCAAAGCUGAGGAGAUCCAAGGCUACGCGGACUGCAACGAAUGGAAGAACUCCUUCUCCGCGAUAAAAACUGUCUACGGUCCCCCAACGAGGGGCACUCCUCCUCUCCUCAUCGCCGACGGUAGUACUCUCCUGACUGAGAAGACACAAAUCCUGCAGCAAUGGGCCGAGCAUUUCCGAGGCGUCCUCAAUCGCCCCUCCGUUAUCUCAGACGCCGCCAUCGCCCGCUUGACGCAAGUGGAGACCAACGUGGGCCUCGACCUACCACCAUCUCUCCAGGAACCCAUCAGGGCCGUGCAGCAACUCUCCAGCGGGAAAGCACCCGGAUCAGACGCAAUCCCUGCUGAGGUCAACAAACACGGAGAUCACCAACUGAUGGAUCACCUGACUGCGCUCUUCCAGGAGAUGAGGCAACAUGGUGAAGUCCCACAAGACUUCAAAGACGCAACCAUCCCGCAUCUCUAAAUUCGAAAUGGGACCGCCAUUUUGCGACAAUCACCGCGGCAUCUUCUUCCUGAAUAUCGCCGGAAAGAUCUUCGCUCGCAUCCUGCUCAACCGCCUCAACAUCCAUCUGGAACAGUGCCUUCUGCCGGAAAGCCAAUGCGGCUUCCGUCGUCAUCGUGGGACCACGGAUAUGAUCUUCGCUGCCCGCCAACUCCAGGAGAAGUGCCAGGAGAUGCGGACCCACCUGUACUCUACCUUCGUGGACCUGACGAAAGCCUUCGACACGGUGAAUCGUGAAGGAUUGUGGAAGAUCAUGCAGAAAUUCGGCUGUCCGGAGCGAUUCACUCAGAUGGUGCGUCAGCUGCACGACGGUAUGAUGGCGCGAGUCACGGACAACGGAGCUGUCUCAGAGGCAUUCGCAGUGACCAACGGAGUGAAGCAGGGAUGCGCGCUGGCACCAACCCUCUUCAGUAUUAUGUUCUCUGCCGUGCUGAUGGCUGCCGACGGUGAUGAACGAGAGCGAGAUUUGCGAGCAGACCCGACACACUCACCACAUUCGACACAUCCGCCAGGUCCAUCCGCACCCUCGCUUCAUUGA